GGGACUCGCUGGUUCCCUGGCAGCUCCAUGGUCACGUCGUGCUAAGAAUAUUACGCAAACAACCACUGUGACUAUAGUUGAAUAUGGCCUUGUAAUUUUAGUGGCUAUACUGCGAAAAUGGUUACACUUCGAGAGUGGGCAUCGAAAUUGGCCUGUGGAUGCUUUUCGAAAGAAGGGACUUCUGGCCAGGACAACUUCGCUCAGCAACAACCAGCGGGUGUGCGCCAAGGAUGGACUCAGGGUGCACCUCCCGUUACCGGCACAGGAAGACCCUCCACAAAUGCGUCGCAGCCAGCUGCAACGCCACAGGCACCUGGCGUCGCUCUUGCCCCGUUAAACACGCGGGAUCCAGAAACAAUCACGUUAGGGCCAUCCAUGUCCUCAGCCCCUCCACCGGCAGCCCCCUUGACGUCCAGCUGGCCCAACCAUCCUAAUUAUAUUGCACCUGACUCUCGCGAGUCGCCGUCGGCCACCAGAGCAGAUGGUAACACUUCUGAUCCUGCUGCUCGAAGUCGUCCUGUCAGCGCAUCCGGUGGCCGUUCCCCUGGCAUUGAGUCAUACAACUCAUCACCCCGUGACGGGCCGGCUCCUCCUGCUGACAAGCCGGCGCCCUCUGGAGGCUCAAGCACAUCACCAGCAUCACCAGCAUCCCCAGCUGCUCCGCCACCAUUGGCUCCAUCGCCAAGUGCCCGCAGGGCAUGGCCGAUCGGGAAGCUUCCGCCCCUACAACAUUCGGACACGCCGCAGCAGGAGCAGCCCUCUCUUUCCAGAAAUGAGACCCGGCCCACUGCCGAACUCACAGAGACGGCAGAGAGUGCUUCGACUCCCACACCUGCCGGUAGUGUGGUGAAGUCGUUGGCCUACCUGGAGGCCCUUCUUCCCUCACUCCAAGCCUCUGACACCGCCGAGAGUGUACUGGAGCGCGUACGACAGGACCCAAGUCAGGUACUGGCUGGAGGCACGCGUGCCGCCGCGCCUGCUGGAAGCGCUGACGGCCCAGCGAGCAACCGCCAGUACUAUUAUGUCAUCCAUGGGAGCUCAAGACCGCUGAAGGAAACGGUGACAAUGCUGCUCCAGCACUUCAGCCCUGCUGUGGCCCAGGGCGCCAGCACCAGUAAGCAAGCAGCGGCGACAGCGGCGGAGGAUGUGUUUUUCUGGUUGGACGUCCUUUCUCUUGACCACACAGGGGAGCUGCAGGGCGAGGAGGACACGAUAACUGAUGCGCUCAAGGGUGCCAAGGCCGUGCUUCUGGUGCUAGAUAAGUACUGCACCGUGCUGUCGGACAUGCGGUACCUGUUCCAGAUAUGGCUGGCGAUCAGGCUGGAUUGUGUACAGCGCCUGCGGGUGAUUUCGCGUGGCAGCGACUUUGUAGACCUGUGCAAGCACAUCGUUGCGGAACUCAAGCCGGAUUCCCCCAGCUGGAUUGCCCUUGGACGCAUCAUCAGCAGCUACGAUGCAGUCACUGGCGGACGUCCGGCUGCGGUGAAGAAAGCCUCAAGCGACCUACGUCACGCCCUAAUCACAGGCGUCAUGAAUAGUGCGAUCUUGGAGUUCCAGAGGGACGCAGGGCGGACGCAGUUCUACAGGUUCUACAUUGACUGCGCUGCAUGGCUGCUCACGAACGAGGGUUUUGGAAGGUUGCCACCGAAGGGUGAAGCGGAGGAGGUCACGACGCCCUCUCUUGUGGAACGUGACCACCUAGGGGCCGCGGCACAGCGCUGCGUCAAUGAUGAUGCGACACAACUGAAACUCAUGCAGCGUAUCUAUAGGGGCGUCACCGAAGAAGGGCUGGAAGAAACGUCGAAUAGCUUUGACAAGGGCUGGGUAUACAUGUACAAGCACAAGGAUUCGAAUGAAGGUUUGUACAAAAUUGGCAGGCACACGGGGACUUGUUCUGAGGAGCGCCUAAAGCAGUGGUGGAAGGACUGUGGUAUUCCAAUAGAGAAGGUUUACGAUAGGGUGGUCAAGUUUCCAAUAGCAGCUGAGGGGUUGAUCCAUGAGGAGCUGAAGGGUAGAGGAAAACACGCAAACAAAUUGCCCAAGUGUAGAGGGUGCGGCAAGGUACACACUGAGUGGUUCUCUGGAACAAAGGAGGAGUUGAUUGCUGUGAUCGACCACUGGGCCGACUACGUCAACAAGAAUGAGUGGCUGCUGAUAGAUGGCAGCAUAAAGAACUACGGCCGCCGUCAGUAGUAGUCAGUAGUACUCGCCGUACUAGCACUUCGAUUUUCCGAGCUUGGGCCGCUUGGUGCAUGCGGAUGCGUUACCUUCCACGGUUACCGUACAUGUGCUUAGGAAAACUGGCCGCGAGUCGGAACGUAUGUGUGCGAACGGUAGUGACCGCUCCUGUCAGGAAUGCUGGUAAUGGCCGUGCUUCCUUGCUUAGUGUGCGCAGGUUGGCGCGCAUGUCCGCAAGCGCGCUUGUCCUAUGUGGACCGCUUCAACCUAGUUGCCUCGUGUUUCCGCUGACUAUCAGAUGCGGUAGUUGAGCCUUAUCCGAAGAGGUGAAGCACGAUUCAUGUCGGGGCGCGAGCGUGCUGGGAUCUUUUGUUUCCGUGUUGUGCUGUUGCGUGCACCAGGUCCCAAUGCGUGUGAUGCUUGGGUAGUCUGUUAGGGCUGAACAAGCCAGGCGUGCUGCAGCAAAGCAACCGUAGGCAGGUUGCUUACACAUACACAGGUGAUUCAUGUUGAAGUUUAAGUGAAAGUUGCAUGGGUUGCUCAGUUGGAGGUGUGACCGACCUCAAGGUUAUUGUUAUCGCAUCCUGUAUGUCCCAUGGGUCACUCUCGAGGGUGGUUGUGUCAUCCGGGUCUGGAGUGCAUGAACUGUUGUACGCACACAAGCUAGUAGCUUCUCUCGCGCCAAUUGCGACUUUGACUCAUGCACGGGGUGAACUUUACGUAUUCAAUCGCAUAUGCGUUCCAUUGUAGCGUCAUUAUCGUACCAACCGUUUGCAAUGUACACUCGUGACCACCUGAGUCGCUAUGAGGGUGUGAUUGGUCCGCCCAUUGUUUAAUUUCCUGAACGGGCUUACGUUGUUGUUUGCGAUAGGCCCGUGGCGGCGGCCGUGAUAUGUCGUGAGCUCCAUACUACACUAGGUGAAGUGUACCGGUAAAAACUAAUUAGCUGUCGGAGUCCUCCGUCGACCUGCUUGAACGGACAAGGGAUUCAUCCCAACCUCUUUGGCCCGCGUGUUCUACUUGCAAUGUCUGUUAUGCGUGAUGCUGGUGUCUGGGUUGGCUCGCCCCGAUAAGGGGCGUAGUCUUAGCGUUCACUCAAAAACGUCCGGGCCGGGGCGUUAUGUCCUUUUUAUACCGUGUGCAUGUCCUAUGUUUUGUCCUUGUACAUUCUACAUGUACCUGCACCGAGGUCGCAGAUUCGGUCGGACUCCAAAGCAGCCUGCACCGCCACAUACUCGGCCAGCACUGUCUGCGUCUUUGUUUUCAUAGGGGGCGAGCCUCGGUGUCUGCGAAGCUGACGGGUUUCUUACAUGCCUUGUACGUUGCUUUUAAGGCUUCCAAUAGGAGUGAAUGCCCCAUUGCAAAGGGCUACCAAUUGUCCUUUCCGGAGGUAGUCUACUCUCAAGGGGCAGCCAGAAGAUGGUUUCCGGGGUAUGUUUUAGACAAAGCAUUUUGCAAAUAGGGCGUCAGUGGGCCCCCACAAAGCCUGGUGCCGUGUACGGCAGGCGGGUUCCAGACAUAUGUGCAUGCGGCUGGUAGGCGGGCCCUCGUGCUCGGCAUGCGCAGGAUCAGGUGCAUGUAAUUUACCUUGGUCAACGGUGGAGUAUUAACAUGUAAAAAUUAUGCACGGUUGUUGAUUAAUGCGUACGGGGCAAUGCAUGGGGCCCACCACCCCACCAGUACGUCACAUGGUAGGCAUGGCUGGUCGGCAUGGCUGCAUGCCGUACAUGCGGCAAAGCACAGCACGACAACAACCGCCACCCCCGAGAUAGAGGCCCUCGGGCGACACGGAUCCGGAUAAGCUUGGC